AGCUGAAUAACAGAGAUCGAUCGCAUAGCACGCGGCAUUAAAAAACUUUGAAAUUUUGGCAACCCGGUGCUACUUCGGUUCUUUUUUGGUGGCGGCUUCGUCGCGUGAAGUGUGUUUUCCGCAUUCGUUUUUUUUAAAUACAAAAAUUGACGUGAACACUGCAUAGUAAAAUGGCAGCGGACCAGGCACAAUUCCAGCAGCUCCUUAGCUCUUUGCUGUCCAUGGACAAUGAUGUUCGCAAGCAAGCUGAGGAUGCAUACAACAAUUUGUCCCGGGAGCUGAAGGUAACACACCUGUUGGGGAACAUAUUAAAUGGCCAGCAAUCGGAAGAAGCACGCCAAAUGGCUGCCGUGCUCAUGCGUCGCCUCUGCACCUCCGAGUUUGCCGAAUUUUACAAAGAGCUACCAGUUGAUUCCAAGAAUCAAUUGCUGCAGCAAAUCCUGAUGGCCGUUCAACAAGAUGUGACCCCACAGCUGCGUCGCAAAAUAUGUGAAGUGGUUGCCGAGGUGGCACGUAAUUUAAUUGACGAGGAUGGUAACAAUCAGUGGCCCGACAUUUUGCAGUUUCUCUUCCAGUGCGCCAAUUCGCCAACACCACAGCUGCAGGAGUCAGCAUUGCGCAUCUUCAGCAGCGUUCCUUCAAUAUUUGGCAAUCAAGAGACGCAAUAUAUUGAUCUGAUCAAGCAGAUGCUGUCGAAGAGCAUGGAGAAUGGCGAUGGUGAGGUGCGUUUGCAGGCAGUUCGUGCCAUUGGUGCUUUCAUACUCUAUCACGACAAGGAGAAAGAGGUGACCAUAUACAAGCACUUUGGAGAUUUAUUGCCACGCAUGCUGGUCAUCACUGGUGAAUCGAUUGAAGCUCAGGAUGAUCAGAGUUUGCUCAAGCUGCUUAUUGACAUGACAGAAAAUUGUCCCAAGUUUUUGCGUCCACAAUUGGAGCUCAUCUUUGAGUUAUGCAUGAAGGUGUUUAGCUCCACGGAAUUUGAGGAUAGCUGGCGCCAUCUGGUGCUUGAAGCGAUGGUCUCGCUUGCCGAAAAUGCGCCUGCUAUGGUACGCAAGCGCGCAGAGAAAUAUAUUAUUGCACUUAUACCGCUUGUGCUGCAAAUGAUGACCGAUCUCGAUGAUGAUGACAACUGGGCCACUGCCGAUGUUGUCAAUGAGGACGAUCAUAGCGAUAAUAAUGUAAUUGCCGAAUCUUCGUUGGAUCGUUUGGCCUGCGGCUUGGGUGGCAAGAUGGUUCUCCCCCAUGUGAUGAACGCUUUGCCCGGCAUGCUUAAUCACGCCGACUGGAAGCAUCGUUUUGCCGCUCUUAUGGCAAUUUCGGCCAUUGGUGAGGGUUGCCACAAGCAAAUGGAUGCCAUUCUGGAUCAAGUUAUGUCCGGUGUGCUUAAUUACCUACGUGAUCCCAAUCCACGUGUGCGUUACGCUGCCUGCAAUGCCAUUGGACAAAUGUCCACAGAUUUUGCACCCACGUUUGAGAAAAAAUUCCACGAGCAGGUUGUGCCAGGCUUGUUGCUGCUGCUCGAUGAUGUGGAGAAUCCUCGUGUGCAGGCUCAUGCUGGCGCUGCUUUGGUCAAUUUCAGUGAAGAUUGUCCCAAAAAUAUAUUGACACGCUAUUUGGAUGCAAUCAUGUCUAAGCUCGAGACCAUAUUGAACUCGAAGUUUAAGGAGCUUGUGGAAAAGGGAAAUAAGCUGGUGCUGGAGCAGGUGGUCACCACCAUUGCCUCAGUUGCAGAUACAUGCGAGCAUGAGUUUGUUGCCUACUACGAUCGCCUAAUGCCCUGCUUGAAGUUCAUUAUUCAAAACGCCAAGUCAGAGGAGUUACGUAUGCUGCGUGGCAAAACAAUUGAAUGUGUGAGUCUUAUUGGUCUUGCGGUGGGCCGUGACAAGUUCAUUGGAGAUGCUGGAGAGGUCAUGGACAUGCUGCUGAAGACACACACUGAGGGUGAUCUGCCCGAUGAUGAUCCGCAAACAUCGUAUUUGAUAACGGCUUGGGCGCGCAUGUGCAAGGUCUUGGGCAAGCAGUUUGAGCAAUAUUUACCGUUAGUUAUGGGACCGGUCAUGCGUACCGCUGCGAUGAAACCGGAGGUGGCGCUGCUCGACAACGAGGAAGUGGAAGAUAUCGAAGGUGAUGUGGAAUGGUCGUUUAUUACACUGGGUGAGCAGCAGAACUUUGCUAUACGCACCGCUGGCAUGGAGGAUAAGGCAUCCGCCUGCGAAAUGUUGGUUUGCUAUGCUCGUGAACUCAAGGAUGGCUUUGCCGAGUACGCUGAGGAGGUGGUGCGCCUCAUGGUGCCAUUGCUCAAGUUCUAUUUCCAUGAUGGUGUGCGCUCAGCAGCAGCUGAAUCGAUGCCAUAUUUGCUGGAUUGCGCCAAAAUCAAGGGCCCGCAAUAUUUGGAGGGCAUGUGGCUUUACAUUUGUCCUGACCUGCUUAAGGUUAUCAACACCGAGCCCGAGCCGGAUGUGCAAUCCGAAUUGCUGAACUCGUUAGCCAAGUGUAUUGAGACGCUAGGACCCAAUUGUCUUAACGAGGAGUCCAUGAAGCAAGUGCUGGAGAUUGUCAACAAAUAUUUGGUUGACCACUUUGAGCGCGCCGAUAAGCGUUUGGCUGCACGCGCUGAGGAGGAUUAUGACGAUGGUGUGGAAGAAGAGCUGGCCGAGCAGGAUGACACUGAUAUUUACAUAUUGUCCAAGGUAGUGGACAUCAUCCAUGCACUUUUCCUUACUUGCAAGGCGCAGUUCUUGCCCGCCUUCGAUCAGGUGGCGCCGCAAUUUGUCAAGCUGUUGGAUCCCAAUCGUCCAUUUGCCGAUCGUCAGUGGGGCAUCUGUGUGUUCGAUGAUAUAAUUGAAUUCUGCGGUCCCGCUUGCGCGCCAUAUCAGCAAAUAUUCACGCCUGCUCUGCAGCAAUAUGUGGUGGACAAAUCACCGGAUGUACGCCAGGCAGCCGCUUACGGUUGUGGUGUUUUGGGUCAAUUUGGUGGUGAUCAGUUUGCCAUCACGUGCGCUGGGCUGAUGCCAUUGUUAGUGCAAGUAAUCAACGAUCCCAAGGCUCGUGAAAUCGAGAACAUUAAUGCUACGGAGAAUGCCAUAUCGGCCUUUGCAAAGAUUCUGAAGUAUAACAAGUCUGCGUUGAGCAAUGUGGAUGAGUUGGUUGGCAUUUGGUUCUCUUGGCUGCCCACAUCCGAAGAUACCGAGGAGGCUACCCAUAUUUAUGGCUAUCUAUGCGAUCUAAUUGAGGGUAAUCAUCCAAUUAUUUUGGGCGCCAACAAUUGCAAUCUGCCUCGCAUCGUUUCCAUUAUUGCGGACACAUUCUGCACAAAUGUGCUUGACCCAAAGACAGCGCCAGGCACACGUAUGCUAACUAUUGUGCGACAGAUAGAAUCCAAUCCCGAUGUAAUGCAGGCCUGCGCCAGCUCUUUGAGCCCCGAGCAACAGCAGGCGCUGCAGGAAGCCUACAGAGAGUUUCCCAGUGUGCCGUCUAGCUAAACGGUUAAAGUCAUCCAUGCCAGCAGCUAUAACUCUAUAGCACAAGCAUUAUAUUAAAAAAAAAAAAAAACAAGGAAAAGCUUAAAAAAAAAUUUAUAGGAUCACACACACAUACACAUAAUUUUAUUUCGAGCAUUGCAUGUGUAUGCUCUACAAAGGAAAACAAACAAUUUUCUCGUUAUUGCAAGUUCGCAAAUAUAUACAUAUAUAUUA